CUUCCAUUCCACCUCCGCGGCGUUCGGGUUGAUUCCCCUCAACCCACUUCCACUCCCCCACGAACGAUGCAUUUCUCUUCCUUCCCGGCUAUUGGGACGAUUUUCUCUUCGAUGAGAAGAUCUUGCAUUACUUGAACAAACCCGAUCAGCACAUCGACCGGCCCAGAGUCCAAUGCGGACAAGCUGAGCUUUGGAACAUGGACUUGACUGUUCAGACCCAGUCGCAAAAAACCCCCAGCGAAGACCCGACCACGCACAACGAUGAUGCUUCACAAUCCUCCUCCUCGAAUCAAUUUGUGAAUUCCAGCAACAGGGGCCGCAGCGUCAGCCCCGAAGGCCCACCACCGCCGUUACCCCCACGCCCCGGUACAUUGAGCCUGUUGGAUGAAGGGGCGGCGUCCUGCCGCUCGACACAAACGGUCCUCCAGUCCCGUGCUACUACAGCUAUCUCGCUGACAGAUAUCGCUUCUCGGGAAAGUGGAAAGGAAGGCCAUGCUACUCUCAACCCCCAGGGGGCAUUGAAGGCUAAGGCAAGCCUUAGUCACUUGGCCAGCUCGCGGGGGAGUGAAACUGGCGACUCCGCCAGUAUCAGAAGCUCUAUACCGUACGCGGAAACAAGUGACGUGGAGAAUGUGUUCAGUGAUUUCAUUGCAACAGAACCUGGGGCUGGCCAACAGGAAAGCACCGGACUGCUUCAGUUCCCGGAAUUUCAGGCUGAUGAUGUCAAAGAAGGUUUUGCAAGUGAAUUUGAGAGGGUUGGGGAAGUAGGCGAUGAAGGAGAACAUGAAGAAAUGGUUUUAGAAAAAUGGAAAGCUAAGAGAAAGCAUUACCUCAUCCUAUCCGCUGCUGGGAAGCCGAUUUGGACGAGGCAUGGCGACGGGGGACUGAUAUCAACAUAUGUUGGUGUCAUCCAAACCAUUAUCUCUUUUUAUGAAGACUCCAAAGACAGGUUGAGCAGCUUUACAGCUGGCGAUACCAAAUUCGUGGUCUUAACCAAAGGACCAUUAUACCUGGUGGCAAUCAGUCGAUUUCUUGAGAGUGACACGCAGCUAAAGCUCCAACUCGAAGCCUUAUAUAUGCAAAUUCUAUCCACUUUGACUCUUCCGUCUUUGAAUCAUUUAUUUUCCGUCCGCCCGUCAACCGAUUUGAAACGACCGCUCCAAGGAUCAGAGACUCUAUUAGCAACCUUGGCAGACAGCUUUACAAAAGGAUCUCCAUCAACUCUGCUUUCGGCGUUGGAAUGCCUAAAGAUUCGCAAAUCCCACCGCCAAACAAUCAACAACACAUUGCUCAAGACCAAGGUCGCUGGUCUUCUUUACGGCUUGGUCGUUGCCGGAGGUCGACUAGUCAGCGUGGUACGACCCAAGAAACAUUCUCUGCAUCCUGGCGACUUGCAGCUUCUGUUCAAUAUGAUUUUUGAAGCUGAAGCUGUCAAGGCUGGUGGUGGCGAGAGCUGGAUCCCAGUCUGCUUGCCCGGAUUCAACAGUGGCGGGUAUCUGUAUAUGUAUGUCAGCUUUCUUGACCUUCGAGAAGAUGCUGGCAACUUUGCAGACGAUAGUACCACAAAGGAAGAAUCGGUCGCUAUCAUUUUGAUCAGUACAAAUAAAGAAAGCUUUUUUGAAAUGCAAGAGAUGCGUAACAAUUUUGUCGAGCAAAUGGAAAAGAACGGCAGUAUCAAGAUUAUCAAGGAGGCUAUAGAUAAAGGCCGGCCAACCACCACCGACAUCAUCCCCGGAACGGUUCUGCAUCAUUUCUUGUACAAGUCGCGGGCGAACGUACAAUUCACCAUGUCAUCCUACCACCCUGAAUUCAUAUCUGCCACACGUCGCCGAAGGUUCGUAGACUAUCUCCGCACUGGACGAUAAUCGAUACCGAGAAACUGAGAAAAUCCUGCAGGCUUUUAUCAACAUACAACAAUCUCCAUGCAAGCAUCCACGCCAAGCACUCCCAUGUCAAAAUUCACCAUUGCGUGUCCCAAUCGUCUAGCUCCUUUGCAUGGGUCACGCCAGUGUUUGAACUCUACUGCGUUGCUGUUCCCAACGCCAAUCGAAAUGCGCUUGCUCAGAGCGCAAGCCGAAUCGUUCAAUGGGUACAGCAGGAGGAGGAAAGAUUGUUUAUCAUCGGUGGCGCGGUAAGUUCUUCUAUCAGCAUUUGGACAUGACUCGUAUUGACUCGUUUGUUUGAAGGUCUUUUGAAUAGCG